AGCCAAUGGGUCAAUGCCCACGCCAUGCAAGAGCCAUGUGCCAAAUACUAGGCUGGCUUGGCCAACGCCACCGGUGAGCGGAGGUUGUCGCCGCACACGCGUCUCACGACCUUUGCGUUGUGUGUGAAGAGGCGAAGGCUGUAUGACGAGAGUGUGCUGAAUCGUUUUCACAGUUAUUCUGUGAAACGAAACAGCUAGCUGCAACGUUUUGGAAUUUGCUACAACGAAUUUCUUUUUCGCAGUACGGGGCCGCGGGAACAUGAAUUUUGUCGAAGCUGUCGUGGAUAAGCUACGUGAUGCUCUCGAACUGAUGAAGAAACUUGAAUCAAGCUGGGAGCACCUCCAAUAUAACUCCGACACUCUCAAGGAUGACAUAGAAGAUGCUUGCAGCGACCAGAUAGCUGUUGUUGGUCAACGGAAGAACAGAUUGUGCUUCGAGGUUGAUUUGCUGGUUUCUGAACCGAAGAGGCGAAUUCAGUCAGAUUUGGCCAAGUUGAACCAUUACCAAAGCAGCCUGCGGUCAUUGUUUCAGCUCUACAAUGCUGGCAAACUCAAUGAUGAGAAUGCCUUCUCCUGUCUGCAAGUUUUUGAGCUGCCUAAUGUGACAAUAGAAGUUCCCCAGCUGCUGUUCGCCAAAACUGGUCAAGAAGAGCUGGAAAAAGCAGCGAGAGGCUUUGGCUGUGCCAAGCUUCACCCUCCCAGUGCACUUGGCGACUUCGUGGCAAGUGAAACGAGUCUUUUCAGUGGGGAAUGUUUGAAAGACUCGGAGUCAAAUGAAACGUGGCUGCUAUGUGAUAUGGACAACUACAGUGGUGAGGAUGAAAUGGUUGCUGCCUCCUUGCCAAAGUCCCUCUCGGCGAGCAUCCAGUCCAUUGAGGCAGUGUCAAUAGAUGAGGAUGAACCAGCUGGCACUUUUCACAAACUGGUGGAAGAUCACUCUAAAAGGAAUCAUAUGAUGGAUUUGGAGCAAGACCAAUCAUCUUGGCUUCUGCCGAACCAUGGAUACAGUGGCAAGAAUGAACUCAGACAGACAAAAACGUUUUGUGAAACGAAGACAUCAGACAUAAAAAUGAAGUGGCUAACUGGCCACUUAUACCAAAAGAUUGUGUCACAUGCGAAGAUGACUUGGUCAUGAGCAAGACAUCCAAUGGGAACUCAGAGUGGCUCAUUACUAGUAAGGCCAAGCCUAUGCCGACAAGCUGUUCAUAUACAACAACAAUAAGAGAAAUGUUCAAGCCUUACUUUGACCAUGGAAAUGACAGUAUCUGGAUUGCAAAUGCACUAUAAUUUUUAUACAUGAUAGAUAAAAAGAGGAAAUAAAGGUGUAUCCCUACUUAGCUGUUAU